UCGUCGAAGUGGUAUCUUCGUAUCAACGCGUUCGUUUUUCCUCACGGCGCAAAAUUCGACUGGACUCGAGUGCAUUUUUUUCGUUUAGGAUUGAAUUUUUUUAAUCAGCGCCAUGCGAGAUUUCGCGUUUCGCCGUUUUAGGCACCACAACGUUAUCGUUUGAUCGUCUUGGCGUGGCUAAACAACGUGACGAUAUUCUUCGCGACAACAACGAUCAACAGGUUAAUCUCUAGUCGGCUAACUGGUGUAUUGUUUUCGCCAAUGAUCUUGUAUAUAUCGUAUUUGUUUAUCUUACGGUGUUAUUGACACGCGUGUUCUAUCAGCAAAUCUGUUGAAAUGAGAAGAGUGACUCUCGUAAUCGGACAUUAUACAGACGAUUCACGGAUGUAGCUUGAAAUCCAGCGGCGAUCAUUCCUGCAACGCGACAAUGACAAAAUCACGAUAAAUACCCGGCCCAGAACGUCGAUCCGUCAGAGAUAACGCAACCCGGGAGCAAGGUAAAUUCAUCAGAGAGACUCUGUGGAGAUGGCGACCAACAGUCCCGGACAAUCGAUCCAUCUCAAGUCUCCGAGGAGUCCACGACAGCUGCCGGCGCUACCUCGCCUCCAGCAGCAGGUGCCGAUCGCCGAGCAACGGAGUCCGACUCUCGGACAGUCGUUGACCAAGUCGCCCGGUACCCCGCUGGUCUUCGAAUUUCCGCCCGAGUACUACCCGGAGACACCCAACACGAACUUCGACUUCGACGAGUUUGGGCGCGCCGGCGAGCUCGAGCAGCAGCGCGGGCCCAGGAGUCCCAGAAGCCCCAGGAGUCCCAGUUACUAUGCCCGCGUCACGGGCCCCCCGCGCAGUCCCAUGACCCCCAACAACGAAAUACUGCACUCGCCUGGCCACAAAUCGCCCAUCUUUCAAUUUUGCGAUCCUCGCAAGAAUCUGAAACAAGCGGCGAGCUACCCAAUGUCGGCGCCCUCGUCAUCGACGAUCGAUCGCAGUAGAUCAGUCAAUUCGUCAUGCGGUUAUGGUCAGAGGAGCCCAAAACCCUUUAAUCGCCGGAGGAAUUCCUGCUUCGGUCUAACAAGUUUGAAGAGUCCCAUGUCGCCGACGAUAGUAACGCCGAUGUCGCAUAACGCGACCAGUCCGAAAGCGGAUCGAAGCCCGGAUGUAGAUCAGAAGAGUAUCAGCAGGGAGAUUGCGGGAUAUAAAAGCAACGAGACAGGCAAAUCGCCAUCUAUGGAAGGUUCUUUUGGUAUGCAAGAAAAAAGCGCCGAGGAAACCGGCGAAAAGUCAAAAAGUAUAAAGAUGAACGGGCGUUUCAACAAGAGCCAAGGAUGCCUGGACGAAGUCGGUCGUGAACAUCAUGAGGGAUCAAAAGAGCGCUCAAGACAUAGAAGAGGCGAGAAAAAUAUUUCUCGACGAUCGACCAGCGAUCUGACAGAUAUGGGCGAGGCUGAUACUGAGAUCACCAUGCUGUCCAGUCCCAGAAGGAGAGGCUCCAUGAAGGGCGGUCUUGCCUAUUUAGCAUCCAGACGUGGCUCCCGUGAUAGUCAAUGCUCCAACAUAUCCAACGUUACCAAUGAAGAUGUGGGUCCCUUAAAUUUUAGCGCUCAUCCGCGCGGCCGACAACGCAGGACUUCGAAUUUUCUUGAGCUGCCCGUACCGGAUCAUAUACGACCACGUGUGCACAGUCUACCGGAAAAAGCGUAUAAUCCCAGAGCGAGCGACGACCUGUACAGACUCAGAGCUUUUAGUAUCACUCACAAGGGUGUCGUAAAUCGGGGUGAUUCUAUCAUUUCCAGGCGCAGCAGGAGCAACACUUCCGUCAAUAGUAGUAGAAACAGCAAUGUUUCGGGGGAGAAAUCACCAUUUGAAGGCUCUUGUUGUAGCGGGCAAGACGCUAGCACCGAUAGCGACAUUGAGGAAACUAUUUCAAAGUAUAGAGUGAUCUUGUUGGGAGACUCCGGUGUGGGAAAGACGGCUCUGGUCUCGCAAUUCAUGACGAGCGAAUACAUAAACACGUACGAUGCCAGUCUAGACCAUCACCUUUAUGUCGUAGAUGAUGAGUUCGGCGAGAAAACCGUUUCCAUUCUGUUAGAUGGCGAGGAAGCGGAAAUGAUCUUUAUCGAUCAUCCCCAUGUAGAAAUGAGUGUCGAAAACUCUUUGUCAACAUAUGAGCCACAUGCUUGCAUCGUGGUUUAUUCAAUUGUUUCACGUACGAGCUUCCAAGUGGCUGAAGAGAUAUUAAAUUAUCUAUGGCAAGAACAUUAUACUCAGGAACAUACAGUCAUCGUCGUUGGCAACAAGUCCGACCUUGCCAGAAGUCGGAUAAUUUCGGCAAAUGACGGGAAGCAGUUGGCCACAUCGCGCGAGUGCAAAUUCAUUGAAACAUCUAGCGGACUCAAGCACAAUGUGGACGAGCUUCUGGUCGGCGUUCUGAAGCAAAUCCGUCUGAGAGAGUCGCGCGAAAAGAAACUUCGACGCCAAGGCAGCAAAGGCAAACUAUUGUCGAAGCUGCACAAUAGCAAAACCGUUCUGAGUCUAAACCUCGCUAGGGAAAUUCUCAGCAAGAUGUGCUUAAACGACAGCAAGAGCAAGAGCUGCGAGAACUUGCACGUGCUGUGAAAUAUUGCGACGGGAUAUAGGGGAGGGAAAGCAGGAAUAGCGGGAAGGAAUCCCUUUUACGAUCGAGGAAUGUUUCUCGAGCGGAAGCAUGAACGGUAAUUGAGAUCGAGAAGGUGAACGCGACACUUCUCUGCGAGGCUGUUGUAUAACGUUUUCAUUUUUUCUUAUCCGCGCGGACAUUAUGAGAUUUAUGCCACUUCAACUUGGACAAGAUUUUUCCAGUCAGGAGGACUGGAACGAUUUUACGACUUGUGCACUGUUUAUGUAUCCCGGUAACGAAUCGUUCUUACGACCUACGUAUUCUAUGUUCGCCGUCCUAUUCAGAUCUUUGUUCUUGCAGCGCGUUCCCGCAACAGAUCUCUGGCAUUAUCCGAUGUAUUUCUAUCAGGAUAUUAAUUCGCAUUGAUUUCGAACACGUGCAAAACUUUGUUCUGUAUACCUUCUGUUCUGUUAACAUUUUUUUUUUAAUUUUCUGUGAAUUGGGCAUUAAAAUGAAAUAAUGAACGAUGAAGAGAUACAGAAAAAUAAAUUGCAUAUCCUUGUAAUUUUUUAAACAUUUUAAAAAUUUUAUUAAGUACAAUUAUAUUACUUUGAUAUAAUUAUUUUUUAAUAUA